AUGGGAAUCCCACGUCCACAGGAGCAUUGGGUGGAUGCUCCCCAGACGAAUUCAACCAAACCAUCGCCUUUUCUCAAAUUGCCUCUGGAGCUUCGUCUCAUGAUCUACGAAUAUGCGGUGGUUGUUCCAAACGAAUUCACGGAUCGUCCGAUGAUUGUGAUCAAUGACCGCGGGAACGUCUUCACUGCCCGCGGCCGAUACCGAGCUCUCUCGAUGUGUCCCAGCUGGGUGGGUGAGAACGGUCGAGUUCGCAGCCUACUCUCUGUGAACCGGCAAAUCCACGAUGAGGUAGAGGAUUUUGUGUAUUCGCAGAACACCCUCUUCUUCUUGAACUCGUUCAAUCUUGACCGUUUGGGCACCUUCCUCGACACCAUCAGUCCCACGGCGCGCAAGCGCAUUCGCAGCGUCGGGUUUGAGAUUUUCUUCUUUGUCCACUCGCAAACAGGCGUGCCAAAGCGGACCUUGAAGGAGUAUAAAGCAGCCGCUCGCAUGUUGAUGGAAAAGCUGCCGAACUGGACAAGUACCAUGUUUUACUUAGAUCCUCGCUUCUACUUCCCUUCUGCUGCAGUAGGGAAUCUGGAAUCGUCCGCGCGGGGUAUCUGGUAUCUGGCGACGAUAUUUGGAGCUUUGCAGAAGGAUCUCCAUUUCUUUCCACUACCGUCGAUGCAUCGACAUGUUAUGGACGAUGCAAAGAAAUCGCUUCAGGCUGAGACGCGGGCGUCACAGAUGAAGCUCUCUAUCGCAUAG